AUGGGUGAAGAACAAGCAAAAGACCGGACAAGCACAUUACAUCUCAUACGCAGUCAAAGGAGCAACAAACCAGAUACUGGUCACUACCUGUACAUAGAGACGUCUAGUCCAAGACAGUCGAUCUGGCGACUGGCGGCAAUUUUGACACCUACCUUGAACGGCAACCAAUACAUGAAAUUUUCCUACCAUAUGUACGGUGGUGAUGUUGGAACCCUCAAAAUCUAUGCCAACAAUCGAAUGAUAUCUUCGCAAACAGGAAAUCAAGGAAAUCAAUGGGUGCAAGCAGAACAACCAAUAAUCAGCUUGCGUCGUGAAAGUGAACACUUUCUGUUGCUAUUUCAGGUCAAGUUUGAAGGCAUCCGUGGUAAUGAUUACGAAGGUGACAUUGCAAUUGAUGCUAUCAGUUUCACCCCAGGUAGCUGCUCCUCAUCGGCAAAUUCAGUGAAAUGUAACUUCGACCAGAAUAGCCUUUGCUCCCUCACUAACAGUCAAAAUGAUGACUUUGACUGGACAAUCGGGAGAGGAAGUACACCAUGUUAUCAAACAGGACCUUCACAAGAUGUUUUUGGACUUGGAUAUUAUGCCUUCAUUGAAACAUCAAGUCCCAGAAGUCAAGGUGAUAAAGCAUAUCUUGCCAGUCCUAAAGUUAGUGGCGCUCAAUGUUUGAAAUUUUCCUACCACAUGUUUGGGGUAUCAAUGGGAUCCUUGAUAGUCUAUCAAAGUAUGAAUGGACUAAUGACAGAGGUAUUCAAAAUGUCGGGUGAUCAAGGAAACCAAUGGAAAAAAGCCGAAGUAGAAUUAUCCAGUGGAAACAACUACAAGGUCAGAUAUACAACUUCGUCCUAG